AUGGCUUCAAUAGCAAAAGGGGAUGGGGGUGACCUUGAGAAACAGAACGUCGACAUAUCUGCCCAGCAAGAAAGACCACAGUCAUUGGAGCUUCAGGCUGUCCAAAGCCACAUAAGCAGCCACCAAGACAUGGCGGCAAUUGCGGAGUCGCCGCCUGCGGGAGACAAGUACGCUGAGGCUGGAGAUGACAUCUAUGACAAGUUCUCAAAUAAAAGAAAAAUGGUCAUGGUAGCUGUGGUCUCGUUCUGUGGAUUUUUGGCGCCCAUCUCGUCUACUUCUGUAUUGGCGGCUGUGCCUGAAGUGGCAAGCACGUAUUCCACCAGCGGCAGCGUCAUCAACGUGAGCAACGCUCUCUAUCUGGUCUUCAUGGGCUUCAGUCCCGUUUUCUGGGGUCCUCUAGGGCAGGUAUAUGGACGAAGAAUCGUGAGCAUUGACAUGUCUGCUUUUCCCUCUUUGACCAAGAAGCUUACCCUACAGUUGCAGACAAGUAUAUUCGCUUCUAGCUUGUUUCUAGCCUUCUCCAUUGGCACUGCUCUUGCUCCGAAUCUUGCCUCGUUCUUUGUGUUUCGCGUCCUCACCGCUUUUCAAGGAACCUCGUUUCUCAUCAUCGGUGCCUCGGUGAUCGGUGACAUAUAUCGACCUGUAGAUCGUGCAACUGCGCUGGGAUGGUUUUUGUCAGGCACGCUUAUUGGGCCAGCUUUUGGCCCUUUUAUUUCGGGCAUCAUUGUCACAUUCCGGCCAUGGCGGGAUCUUUUCUGGCUACAAACCGCACUCGCUGGGGUCGGCGCUCUUCUUGUUUGCUUUGGACUGCCCGAAACCAUCCACAGAAAGCGCAGUGACGAGCUUAAUGGUCUUACGAGAAAGCAGUACGCCCGGAAAUUGUGGGCCUGGACGAAUCCGUUGCGCGUUAUUCGGCUCUUCAGGUACCCCAACUUACUGAUCGCAAGUUUGGCCAGCUCAGCACUGCUGUGGAACAUGUACUCGUUGCUUACACCCAUACGGUACGUACUAAACCCGCGAUUUGAUUUGACCAGUCCUUUGCAGAGCGGACUGUUCUACAUUGCUCCUGGUUGUGGAUACUUGCUGGGAACUUUCUUUGGCGGAAGAUGGGCAGAUUAUACAGUUCGGAAAUAUAUCAAGAAACGAGGUGAGCGUGUAGCGGAAGACCGACUUCGGAGUCAGUGUGCUGAUUGGAUGGAUCGGAUCAGCGAUCCGACUCCCAAGUGGGUCUCUUGGCGGAUCUGGAUAAUCCACUAGGAUUAUCCGGAUUGAUCCACCUGAGGCCCUUUAUGGCGUUACUGAGGCUGUUGAUUAUGCCACAUAUGACUUAAAAUAGAAAAUAUUUAUGAUGGUGAAGUGCUCGGAUUGCUAUUACUUUAAAUCUAUAAUCUUAGCCUUAGCCCAUGAUUGCAAGCAUUGAGUCGCUUGGAUCGUUUGAGGCUUCAGGUGGUUGCGGUGCUUAGUCACCAUAUGACCUAAUCGGCUGAACAAGCGUUCAGGCUCAUCGCUCAUCGCAGGUAUUGACAGCAUAUCCAAUGCCAUUUUGGUCAGAUAUGGAUAUUCGAUGCAUCCAGUGGUGGACCACCACUCAAUCGGCUUAUCAGUGGUAACCAAUGGCUGCAUAAGGUACCGCUCGAACUCAUCAAGGCCAAUUGGUGCUUUUGAGGCUUGUGCCUUAAUCUCAGCGAGGGUUUUCAGCCUAUAUGCCUCCAUCAUAUUUGGCUCAUAUGGCCUUGGUUUUUGAGGUGAUUCGACUGAUGUCUCAACGUGCUUAUAUGUACCUUGCCAGAGGGCCUUUAAUUUAGCCUUACCUGCCUUCAGCCACUUCACUUGCUUGUGCCAUCGUCGCUCCACAAAGCGCCAGUUAUAUGAUGGAUGCAAUACCAGUGCUGCAAGGUACGCAGUGGUGUCAUCGAGCUUUGCAUAAUAUGCCUCAGCCUUAUCCAAGGCAAGCCGGAUUUGUGUAGCAAAGUGCCAUUCGCCUUCGAGUGAGGUUUUCGGAGCAUCUUUGUACUGAAUAUACAUAUUAGAUAGCUCGAUCACUAUCAACUCGAUGUCAUUAAGUACGUUCACAAGACUUGAGGACUUGCCAUCUUGAACGUAGCCUUGAAGAUCCAUUGUUGCAGCCCAGCAUGGCUCAAGUAGCUUCAUAUAUUGAGCUAAGAUAGCCCAGUCAUCCGCAUCUAAGAUAUCAUCUGCAAUGGUGGUGAAGCCACCC